ACGGUGUUAAUCUCGUAACCGUAGUCCGUACUCCGGGAAAAAAGGAAGUUUGGGCACCAUGGAAUCCAGCGAGAAUGUCGCUGCUCUGUGAAAAUUGCCGUUCAGUUUGCGUGUGACAAUUUUCGUUCAUUCCACACUCUUCUCUUUCCCCAUUCUUUCACAGAAUAAGAGACUACAUGAAUAACGACGAGGGUCAAAGGGGUCUUUUGGUUUUCAGAUUAGCUCCCAGGUCAGUCGUCGCCGGCCGGCAAUUACCGGUACGACGACGACCCAUUCCUUUUGCAGCUCUUUAGCCGUUUUUUGGGCUCCAUAGUUGGACGUAGAAGUUUGACUCUUUGGCUUGGUAAAGACAACUUUGCAUGGUGAAUUGAGUCAGACGUCUUCAGCUAUGGAGCCUAAGCAUGUUACUGCAACUGAUGGAAAAUCAGGGACACCUCCUACCCUUGCUGUUACAGGACUUAAAGUCUCCCCUCGUGGGAAAACUUUAAGUUCCUCAGACUCUUUCUGCAAUACAUCACCUGACUCGACACUGAAUGACCCCUUUGGCAAGGCUAAUUAUGAAUCUGAUGAUAACAAAAAUCCUGUUUCUGGGAGCUCUACCAUUAGUAGUGAACCCUUAAACCAUGAAGUGUCACCUUCCAUGUCACAGUCAGAAGGGACUCACUGUUUUUCCAGGUCAUGCUCUGGCAAUUCGUCAACCACAGAAUCACCUCCCAUGCAAGUAAUGGAGCACUCCGCAAAUGAAUCUUAUAGGAUCCCUUCUUCAGUGUUUGCUAGAGAUGAGUCUGCAAAUCCAGCAGAGUGGAGUGUAACUUCUCAUGAAUCAUUAUUUAGCAUUCACAUGGGUACUACGAGUUUUACCAAAGAUGCUAGUUUUUGGCAGUCGGAUGAGCUGGGUGAGCUAGGAACUCCUCAAAACUUCCCCGCACCCCCUGCUAUGUGUGACUUCUCACCGUACCAGUCAAGUCAUGAGAUGGAAUUGGCUGAAGUGGAGAUCUCAAGGGGAAAUGAAGAUUUAAAGCAUGAAAGAUCUCUUGCUGUAGGACGUGUUUCUCCUAAGCCAAUGGAAAGUGGAACCAAUACAAUGUCUUUUGCAUUUCCAGUGCUGUCAGGGAAUCUGGAUAAAAACUACUCACAGCGCAUGGCUGCUCCAACUGAAUCUAGCCCAGAGCAGAAGCAACCUCAGUUAGAAUCAGCUGAGCUGCAUACAGAAUCGCCCCCUCAAUCAGAGCCAAAGACCCCGACAACAACUGAAGGUGCAGGGAAAACACAAUGGUUUCCUUUCUUCUCAUGCUGCUCUUCCGGUUCCUAGGAUUGCUUUCCUAAUAGUCCCUUUGUUUCUGACAAUGCCAUGGUUCAAGGAAUAAUACGAUUAGCCCAGAAGUGCUGAUGUGGUGCAUGCCUGGUGAGUUUGGUAGUAACAACAUUCAUAAAAAAGGACUUAAAAGUGCUGCUUUGAUGCAUUUUGGUAAAGUAUGAUGACUUGAUCAUCCAGUUUACUGGUCUGCCCUUUGGACCACUAUGUGUUUGGUCCCCAGAGUUCUAAUUAGAAGAUUACGAAGACCUUCAACUUGUGGGAUUCUGAUUUUUCAAUUGUUCGUGUCAAAUGUAAAUAAGCGGGAGCUUUUUUUUUUCCAGAUUUUGUUUGAUGCUGAUAAGUCAGAAAUUAGAGACCUACAUGUUUGUAAGUUUCCCCCAUCCAUUUUUUGACAUACAGUGUAGAUGAAGUUCUUCAUUGAUUAUCAGUUAGUUGUAAAUCAUUUUUUUUUCUUUUAUAGAGAAGGAGAAAAUCUUGUUUCUUCCUACUACCCAAAAUUUUAUAUGUUCAUAUACAAUCUUCUCCAUAAAACUUGAAUAUUUCUCCA